AGGGCCGCCAUUUUAACUGAGCAACCCUAGUGACAGGAGCCGGAGAAGCAGCGCAGGUUGUCCCCGUUUCCCCUCCCCCUUCCCUCCUCCGGUUGAUUUCCCGGGUCCCCUACAGCCCACAGCCCCGGCCCCGCCAUGUCCCAGAAACAAGAAGACGAGAACCCUGCGGAGGAGACCGGCGAAGAGAAGCAGGACACACAGGAGAAAGAAGGAAUCCUCCCCGAGAGAGCCGAGGAGGCGAAGCUAAAGGCCAAAUACCCAAGCCUCGGACAAAAGCCUGGAGGCUCCGACUUCCUCAUGAAGAGACUCCAGAAAGGGCAAAAGUACUUUGACUCAGGAGACUACAACAUGGCCAAAGCCAAGAUGAAGAAUAAGCAGCUGCCCAGUGCAGGACCAGACAAGAACCUGGUGACCGGAGACCACAUCCCCACCCCACAGGACCUGCCCCAGAGAAAGUCCUCGCUCGUCACCAGCAAGCUUGCGGGUGGCCAAGUUGAAUGAUGCUGCCCGGGGCUCCGCCAGAUCCUGAGACGCUGCCCCCCGUCCGCUCCUGCCCCUCCCUGCCUUUGCAGCCCGGGGUUAGGAGGUGGCUCGGGCGCGGGCUGCAGAGGCAGAAGCCCCUGCCCGUCGGUGCCCAGCGCAUGGAGCCCUUGGGCUGAGCACCAAGACCUUGAACCUUUUUGUUGUACCUUUUUUCCAAAUAACUGUUGGGAGAAAUCUCAGCACGUCAGGAGGGGUGGGGGGAGACGGGCCCUGGACCCGGGCGUGGAGGCCACGACAUUCCCGACCGGCCUCCUCCGUCCCGGGGCUGGAGCUGUGGGUGGGACCAGGCGGCCGUGAAGUAGAUGAAGAUCUGACGACCCCUGUGUGCCGGGCAGCGGGCAGCGGCGCUGUGUGGGCCAAGGAGCUGGCCAUGUACACAGGCGCGGGCCUGGCUCCGCCCCGGCUGCGCAGGGCGGCGAGACUCGCCCCGCUUGUUCACAGGAGUCAGUGCUGUCCUUGGAAUGGAUGCGGGGGAACGGGGCCAUGAGCGUGGGGAGCCCCACGGAGCCCAAGGGACUUUUUCAGUAUUUGAAAUAAAACAAAGAAGACCCACGAACACGCCCAACCCAGAAA